AACUGGCCACUGGCAGUUUCCGGGGCUCAGAGGAGGUGCGGGUGCUGAUGCGGUAGGAAAAGCCAGGAAAGAGCGCCCCUCUCCCACCCUCCGCCCCCCUGCAACGCCAAGGCGGAGGCUUCUCGAGACUAGACCCCCUUUCCCAGCUAGAAGGUUACUUGGAUGAUCAGUCACCAGGAUUUUUUUUAGCCAUGUUAUCGAUGGAUAAAAUGAGUUGAAGGCAGGAUUUUUUUAUUUAUCAGGGCUUGUGACUCAGCUCUACUUCAUCACUUGGUCUGGCACAGAAGUGUGGGGCAAAAACUUCUCUUUGCAGUGCAUGGACGGAAAGCCAAUGCGCAGGUGUGCCAGUAAUCGAGCAGGCGAAACCGGAAUGGACGUCACAAGCCGCUGCACUCUCGGAGAUCCCAACAAGCUGCCGGAAGGGGUGCCGCAGCCCGCUCGCAUGCCUUACAUCUCGGACAAGCACCCUCGACAGACACUGGAGGUCAUCAACCUGCUACGGAAGCACCGAGAGCUGUGUGACGUGGUGUUGGUUGUGGGGGCCAAGAAGAUCUAUGCCCACCGGGUGAUCUUAUCAGCCUGCAGCCCUUACUUCCGAGCUAUGUUUACGGGGGAGCUUGCGGAGAGUCGGCAGACUGAGGUAGUGAUAAGAGACAUUGAUGAAAGGGCCAUGGAGCUGCUGAUUGAUUUUGCGUACACUUCCCAAAUCACAGUAGAAGAGGGUAACGUCCAGACCUUACUGCCAGCUGCCUGCCUCCUCCAACUAGCUGAGAUCCAAGAAGCCUGUUGCGAGUUCCUGAAAAGACAACUGGAUCCUUCCAAUUGCCUUGGCAUCCGAGCGUUUGCUGAUACCCACUCAUGCCGGGAGCUGCUGAGAAUUGCUGACAAGUUCACACAACAUAACUUUCAAGAGGUGAUGGAGAGCGAGGAGUUCAUGCUGCUUCCAGCCAACCAGCUCAUCGACAUCAUUUCCAGUGACGAGCUCAACGUCCGAAGCGAAGAGCAGGUGUUCAAUGCCGUGAUGGCUUGGGUGAAAUACAGCAUUCAGGAGAGGCGGCCUCAGCUCCCCCAGGUGUUGCAACAUGUCCGGCUGCCUCUGCUCAGUCCAAAGUUCCUGGUGGGCACCGUUGGCUCGGAUCCGCUAAUUAAAAGUGAUGAAGAGUGCAGAGACCUAGUGGAUGAAGCCAAGAACUAUCUCCUGUUGCCCCAAGAGCGUCCACUGAUGCAGGGACCAAGAACUCGUCCACGCAAACCCAUCCGCUGUGGGGAAGUGCUCUUUGCAGUGGGCGGCUGGUGCAGUGGGGACGCAAUUUCUAGCGUUGAGCGUUACGAUCCUCAAACCAAUGAGUGGCGGAUGGUGGCUUCCAUGAGCAAAAGGCGGUGCGGUGUUGGUGUCAGUGUCUUGGACGACCUUCUGUACGCAGUGGGGGGCCAUGAUGGCUCCUCCUAUCUUAACAGUGUAGAGCGAUAUGACCCAAAGACAAAUCAGUGGAGCAGUGACGUGGCACCCACCAGCACUUGCAGGACCAGUGUCGGGGUGGCAGUUCUUGGUGGCUACCUGUAUGCUGUGGGUGGCCAGGAUGGCGUCUCUUGCCUCAAUAUUGUUGAAAGGUAUGACCCAAAAGAGAACAAAUGGACUCGAGUGGCUUCCAUGAGUACCAGGCGCCUAGGAGUGGCUGUGGCUGUACUUGGAGGCUUCCUUUAUGCUGUUGGGGGCUCUGAUGGGACAUCUCCUCUGAACACAGUGGAACGCUACAACCCCCAGGAAAACCGUUGGCAUACAAUAGCACCCAUGGGCACCCGGCGUAAGCAUCUAGGUUGUGCAGUGUACCAAGACAUGAUAUAUGCAGUUGGAGGUAGAGAUGAUACUACAGAACUGAGCAGCGCUGAGCGAUAUAACCCCAGGACCAACCAGUGGUCUCCUGUGGUGGCCAUGACAUCACGCCGUAGCGGGGUUGGCCUUGCUGUGGUGAAUGGACAGCUCAUGGCUGUGGGAGGCUUUGAUGGAACAACAUACUUGAAGACCAUUGAAGUAUUCGAUCCAGAUGCCAACACAUGGAGAUUGUAUGGAGGAAUGAACUACCGUCGGCUUGGUGGUGGCGUAGGAGUUAUCAAAAUGACACAUUGUGAAUCUCAUAUAUGGUAAACAGCCAGUAAGAGGAAUCCCCCUCUGUGUUCAUUCCUAUUGAAACUGGUCAACCUGAUGACUUCUCUGAGCUUUCUGAGGUUCAAGUAAAAGCAAGAUCACACAUUCUUCGCUGGUGCCUCUUCCUAUGGGACUGUAAUGGAUGUUUAACGCAUUUUCCACUCCUCUGCUAGUUACAGAAGACCAUGCUAGCUUCUCCAGCAAGCAGUCUGGAGCAUGUAGUUUUCCUCGUCAUUCUCCUCCCUCCAUUCUGAUUUACUGAAGAAACUGGAAUUUAAUGUUACUCUUAAGUAACAAUCUAAGAAUUCAAAGCAUACUCGAGGUCUGUCAAAUAAGGGCCCAUGCCCAGGUGGGCAAGCCCUCUGUCCUGAAGGUGAAAGUGUGUCAGAAACAUUCUUUUAUCAUUUAGCCUUAUUUACAGAGGAUUUAGUCAACCAUAACCACCAUCUAUUCCCAUCUUAUUGAAAUGAAAGGUAGUUGCGCGAGAUUCCAUUCAUUUCAGCAAGGGCAAGGUAAGAGAUGCUGUAGGUGGGUUUUGCUUAAAAUGACCUAUAGUGUGAACAGAGAACUUUUUGAUUCCUUUUUCAUUACAUUUGAAUUGUAUGGGUUUUUGGGUAGUAUGAAAACCUCAUUUUGUUUGUUAGGCAAAAUUCAAAUGGGUGGAUUGUGGCUGCAUUACAUGCAACUUUCCAAAUGAAGCUUUGUAUAUUCUGAUAACUACCUGGAUUUUUGAAAGCAGAAAACUGCAUCCUGAGGACUUCAGUGUCACAAAAAACUGAACACUAACAAAAGAUUAAAAUACAUAUUUCACAGAAAUAAAAGAAACUGAGCACUAGCCAUGGAGAAGUUCUACAGCCCCAAAGCAUUGAGAUGAACAAGAGCACACCAAUGUGCUAUUUAUUUCAGGGGAGAAUUUUCUGAGACAUUGUGCCCUUUUGCAUCAGCAAUCAGACCUAUGUUCUGCACAGUAUAUCUCUUGUUGUCAAUUUAAGGGGUACAAACUAGGGUGAAUUACUUCUAUAUUAUGCACACUCAUGUGCAUAUUGCAAUUAAGCAGUUGUUGGGAUAGAAGCAACAAGGUACACUCCCCAAGGCAGUUGGUGAUCUAGUCAUUAUAAUUCCUAUUUCAGAGCGCUUCCUACCCCUGCAGUGGUGUGUGUUUCUGGGCUCCAAGGCAUAAUGAUGCCUGCCUUAUUACGCUUCUGAAAGAAGUGGUUAGAAUCACAAUAAAAGUAUUAUGACUAUCACUUUUAUUGCUGGAGCAUAGCUCAUUCCCUUAAUCAGUUCUGAGGAAUUAUAGCCUUAAAAACCUUAAAUGGAUCAACUGCUUUAAAGACACUCCCCCGUCCUGAGUAACCGUACCACUGUUACAGCUGACUUCAAGAGCGUGGAGACAAACGGCAGGUCUGCCCAACUUGAGUCCCAUCCAAGUAAAUGUGAAUUGACCAGUCCUUUACUGUGGCUCGCUAGGCCUUGAGGUUUGUGCAACACAGGUGAAAGGAAGCUGAUGCACUGGCUUUGUGGGUUAUGAGUACUGCAAGUUAAAGCAACAUCAGUUAGUAAGACUAAGCUGUGCUUGACAUCACCUUCCUUAGGUAGCUUUAUAAGCCUCCGCAGCUUCAGUGCGUUUGGGCAGACGGGGGGGGGGG